GUGUCCUUUGAGUUUAUCGGCGGCUGCGAAGCUUGUAGCGGCUGCUAGGGAUUCAUUGUAAUCAUGAUGCUGGGGAUCAUUAACCUGCAAGGACUCACCCGGGACCUAUCUCUGUACCUGGAGAACCAAGUUCGAGUGGGUCUGUUCGGCUCCGGGGUGGGUUUGUCCUUGGUGCUGGGCUUCGGAGCAGCCUAUGCCUGGUAUUACCUAAGUGUCAUUGCUAAGAAACCCCAACUGGUGGUCGGAGGGGAAGGUUUAUGCAAUUUUCUAAAGCACCACUGCCCAGCAGUGACAGAAACCUACUACCCUACUCUAUGGUGCUGGGAGGGCAGAGCCCAGACAUUGCUGAGACCCUUCAUCACUGUCAAACCACUAGUGCAUUACAACAACGAGCUUAUUAAAACGGCAGAUGGAGGGCAGAUUUCUCUGGAUUGGUUUAAUAAUGAUGAUAAUACACUUUACCCUGACGCUAGCAACAGACCUACAAUCCUUUUACUGCCCGGACUCACAGGAACAAGCAGAGAAUCAUAUAUCCUCCACAUGAUCAAGCACAGUGAGGCCCUUGGAUACAGGUGUGUUGUUUUUAACAAUAGAGGGGUCUCUGGAGAGGAACUUUUGACCCCAAGGACAUACUGUGCUGCAAACACAGAGGACUUGGAGGCAGUCAUUUAUCAUGUACAUAACAUGUACCCAGAAGCCCCACUCAUGGCUGCAGGUGUUUCAAUGGGAGGAAUGCUACUGCUUAAUUACCUCGGCAAGACGGGGCGCCAGACUCCCCUGAAGGGGGCUGCAGUAUUCUCUGCUGGAUGGGAAGUUUUUGAGUCUGCUAUAACUCUUGAGAAGCCCAUUAACUGGAUGAUGUUCAAUUAUUAUUUAACAACUUGUCUUCAAGCUUCGAUUGUCAGACAUCGCCAUGUUUUGGAGAAACAAUUUGAUAUUGAUCACAUUCUAAGGGCUAAAUCAAUUCGAGAAUUUGACACAAGGUUUACCUCAGUGAUGUUUGGAUACCCCACAAACGAUCACUAUUAUAAGGAUGCAAGCCCAUGCCAUAGGGUGAAAUCAGUUGAAAUACCAGUGUUAUGUCUAAAUGCUAUGGAUGAUGUUUUCUCUCCUGGACAUGCUAUUCCAGUGGAGACAGCCAGACAAAACCCAAAUGUCGCAUUGGUGCUUACAGCUUAUGGAGGUCAUAUUGGUUUUCUUGAAGGCAUUUGGCCAAGAAAGCAAACUUACAUGGACAAAAUUUUUAAGCAGUUUGUACAGGCUAUCUUUGAGCAUGGCAAUGAGAUCAAUAGUAUGUAGCACACACAAAUAGUGCUUUUUAUGAGGAUCAUUGGUGUGUAUUGGAAAGUUCUGAAUUUUACUUAUGCAUAGGGUGGUCCUCCUAUUGCUAAUGAAUUGUCAUGAAAUACAAAGCCUCCACAGAAGCACUGGAACAAUGAGUAAUAGCAAGAAAAUAAGCCAGCACGCUAGAUUGAAACAUCUAGUAUUUAAACACUUGCAAAUAUAUGUACUGUUUUGUAGCAAGAACUUGCAUACAGGAAUGAUAGCAUUUUCUAUUUUUUUUUGUUACCAAGAAUGACCUUAAAUGAAAUAUAGCUCUACAUAUACUGAAUUGCACUUAACCAAAACCGUUAUAUAUACAGGCAAACAUUCCUCAGGGUUUUAAUAUAAGCCAGUUGUUCUGCCUAGAAAUGCAAGCAUUACAAAUGACAGAUUGAAGGAUUGGCACAUCCUGAUUGUUUAACAGUAAUGCAUGCUCAUGAAGGCAUUGUACAAGGCAAAAAAUACAGGAAUGAAGACUGUAAAACAUCACAAAGUCAUCAAGAGUCUGACUUAAAGCAUGGGUUUUAGCAGUGUUAGAAUGAUUCCUAGAAAUGAGUAUGUGCACUAUCAUACAAUAUCUACAAGAGACAAUUAUGUUUUUUUGUUGAACUAAACCAUGUUUCUUUUCCAUAUUUAUUUUUUAACUGUGGCUGAUUAUAGAAUGCAUUCUAAAGAUAUUUUUGUUUAUUCUAUUUAAAUAAACUAUUUAAUUCUAAA